AAAGCUCGCUGUCGUGGUGGGGCAUUUUGAAGAUCGUUGCCGUUCAUUCAAUUACAGAUUGACCCCCAUCCGCACAAAGACAUGGCACAAUCGGUCAGAAUACAAGAACCGUAUUUACUCACGCCUCACCCGUAUACAGUUGGCCUUCCCAAACGGAUAUCCCUCUCUCAGAGGGAUAUCUCGAAACCACAACCGACAAAGAAGGAAAAUACAAAGGAGAGAGACAUAUCCUCUAAGCGGUCUCUACCUCAAGGGUUUCUAGCUGCAUCAGUACCGGAGCAUUUGUUUGGCGACGAUAAUGGAGAUCACUCUGCGACAGUUGUGACUGUGCAAGGCGCUGCAAUAUAUCUUUACGACCUUGCAAGACAGCAAUGCCUUCAUUCAUGGUCCGUCCCACCGGGCCAUCUCUUCGCCUCUCCUGCCCGAUAUCUCCCAGCACCGUCUUCGCAACAAGGUCCAAAUACAGGCUCUCUAGACAUCACACCCAUAGAUGCAGAUGCUGAUACAGAUCUUUCACUCUCGAGUGCACUUGCUGGGAACGUGUAUGCGGUGAUUGAUUGUGGAGCAGAUGUGGCGGCGCGUGAAGAAAAGCGAUUGGUGUGGAUGUGGAAGGUUGCUGAGGUGCAAGGGGACGCGGAAGAGGUAACUCUGGUUGCUGGAAAGCCGGAUAGUUCGAAAAAGUUUAAAAAUGAGAUCUACCACUUGUCGACGUUCAUUCCUUCUCCUUCGGCAAAUGACGGCUAUUUGGUCAUUGUACAUAUCGAAGGCGGCAUCACCGUAACGUCUAGAACUCUCGAAACGCUGACAACCUGGUCAGCACCUUCUACCACGAACGCCCGUGUUGUUUGGUCCACCACGUUUACUACGGCAGACGACGGGGAGGAGGAAUGGCGAUCAUUGCGCGUCCUUUCCAUUGUGCAGCACGAGAGAGGUCGCUACACAAUUCGUACCCAUUCUGUAUCGGCGAAGCGAACAGGAGCUGUUCAUGUCGAAUUACUCUCAGAGGUGGAGAUGAGUGUACCUGUGGAGCAUAUGAAUACGGUAAAGGGACAGGAAGAGGGUCCGGUCAUUCCCAUGGCGUUUGCGUAUCAGGUGGAGAGGAAUGUUUUGACUGUAGUAUAUUCCAAUGCGGCAGUCAGGGUAUAUCAGUUCGAUGGAAUUAGCAAGCUGUUGCGAGAGAGUCUGUCAUUUACUCUCAAACUUGCAAAAUUCGAAGUGCCGUCGAAUCUAAAUAGUCACCGCGCUCGAGGUCCUUCAAGUAUUAGCAUCUCACCCCUGGAUGCUAGCUAUAUCUCAAUCGUGGGCUACAGAAGGUGGAAAGAUGCUGGAGUAGAGGAGGUGUUAACCAUAUGGGAUACAGAGUACGGGGCCCUACAUUACGAGAAGGUUUUAAAUGCCGCUGGCAGCGAAGUUGGCGCCUCGUCUCGUGUCUUCCACACCACAGUGAUCAAAUCCCCUCUUACCGGCCCCGUUGUCAGUGUCGCCAGUAGUGUCAUCUCCCAUCAUUCUCCGGUCUCCUUCUCUUCAACCGUCACAUUUAUCCCCUAUCACUGCUCUCCACUAACUAUGCUGUCUGUGUUGGGCAAGCUACGAAAGCCUCUGUUGGCGGACGGUGCCGACAGCUUGGGAUCCAAACUCGAAGCCAACGUGAUCGAACCCGUUGGUUUGGGCAUGGCGACAGUUGGACUUGUUUCUCCACCGGUAGCGGGACCCGAGAUUGAGUCCUGGAAUAUGCAGCUUGCGGAUUCGGAUCAGCUGAGUCGAGAGUAUGUCGCAAAGUUGCUGGAUCCUGCUGUGAAUGAGGGACAGUUCAACAAGUUGUUUUGUGAAUGGAUGCAAAAGAAGUUACUGGAAUUGCGAGAGCUGGAAACUUUGGAAGGUAACGGGAAACGGGACGCAGUUACAACGCAGUCAACAGUGCCAAAGGUGAAUGGUGUAAUGCCUAAGAAGGAGAAGACACAAGAAGACCAGCAGAAGGCGGACACUGACGUUGACCAGACACAGUCUCUUCCAAAGUAUUUGACAUGUCCCCCAGAUCGAUCAGUUAUCUCCAAACUCCCGCGCGUCGAACUCUCCUACCCUGCCCUCUUCACCAUUCUACGUCGAUGCUUUUCAAAUCCAACCAAGUUUUGGCCAAGACACACAAUUCAAUACCUUCUCCGCAGUGGUUGCGCGACAUCCCGUUCAGUUGAAGGGGGCAUCAUUGGCGCGGCUCUGGAACGAGAAGACUUGUAUAUUAUCCAAGCUGCUUUGAAGCAUGUGUCGGAUUUGGGUGAGACCGAGCUAGUAGAGGUACUCCGAUAUGUGUGUGGGGCGGAAGAAGGAAGGUGGAAGACCUCUGGGCGGACGAUACGAGCGAAGAAGCUAGCUGAUUGGUUAGAAUCCAAAGAAAAAGAUGCGAGAAAAUCGCGGCAGGUAGUACCUGGGACUCCACAUCCAGAGCGCAUGAAGGUGGCAGAGUGGCAGAGUGAGACCGAAGAAGAAGACAAAGCAAAUGAUGUCGAAGUGAAUGGUGCAGAAGAAGCUGAGAAACUCGAACAGGCUGAGCAGCGAGCCCACCAGGCGGAAAUUUCAUCAUCUGCACUGGAUCCCAUCAUAACCGCAUGCACGCCCGGUCAAGCGCAUUUCUUCCGUCUUGUAUUUUCCCGACCACGUACGGAUACAUUUAUGGCUCAGGCGAUGCGGAAACGACUUGGAGCCAGGGACUUGGGGACCAUAUUGGGAUGGGUGUCCAAUGUAUUGAGGGUUAACAAGGGUGAAGACGAGAUGGACUUGGAUGGGUCGAGAACUGCAUUGUGGUGGAUGUGGGCAGACGAGAAAUCUACUGGAAAUAUUGGACCUCAACCUGGAAGUUUUGCUGAAUGGGCGACGGCAAUCGACACGCUCACGCUCCUGUUAGAUGCACACUUUUCUACUCUCCUUCACGCGCGCGAAUUGGAAUCUCUCCUUCAAACCCUCCACCAAACCAUCUCGUAUGACACCACCCGGAUCUCCAUCAUGAACUCACGACUUUUAGGCCCGCUCUAUGGUAUUUUUGAGGAGAAGAAGCGUGAAGUAGAACAGAAGGAUAAGGGCAAAGGUAAACGAUGGAGACGGAUGGUGGAAGAUGUGCGAGGUGAAGAAUAUGAAGUUGAGAUUUACAAAUUUUAGAGGAUUGGGGGUUGGGUGAUUAUUUAUUCCUUGAUUUUCUGUAAUUUUGUGUGCGAGGUUGUGUUAUGAUGGUAUAGGUAAAGCAUUUUUGCAUAGUGUGGAGGUGAUUGCCAAUACAUCGUGAAGGUGUGAUAUUCGUUGCUUGAUA